AAUUUGAUAAUGAGCGGUAGAAAAUGAUUCCAGUGCAUCAUAUAGGUUUCUCUUCCCAUGCUCAAAGUCAAAAGUGUUUCUUAGGCAGGGAUUUUAAGGUGAAGAAGCUGUAAGUUUGUUUUUAGUAAGGCCUACCAUACCUUGUGAUUGUUUUUUCCUAUAUUGUUCGAUGAGAACAUAGCAUGCCGGUCGGGUUGGGUUGGGUUGGGUUGGGUUUGUGUCUCGGUCUCUGUCUCAUUCCUUCUCCAGCAAGAACCCCACUUGCUCAACCACAAAUCAGAUCUUUCCCUCUCUGAUUUCUACUCCUCUUUCUCAACCCCAAAUCAGAUCUCUUCUCCUCCAGCCAUGUCCACUAAACCCCAUCAUGCCCUUCUCUCUCUCUUCCUACUCCUCCUCUCUCUGUCUACCCCCCUCCCCUCUUCUGCAGAGAUCAAAUCCCUAAGAAUCGAAUCCGACUCCCGCCCCAUGAUCCAAUUUGAGAAGUUUGGUUUUACCAUUAAAGGCCAUGUCCUAAUCUCAGUUUCUCGAGUUUCAUGGAAAUCUCCCAAAAACCAUGUCACUGAUCUCUCUCAAAUGGGUUUCUUCCUCUUAUCUGAAGAACAGCUUAUGCAGGUCAUGAUCGAGAUGGAGCAAACCGAUCGAUUUUGCGUUCUCUCGAGCCAAUACAUCAAAUACCUCUUCAGUUUCAACGAUUUGGGCCCCGAAUUCAACUAUAACCACUCGUAUCCGGUCUCUGUUCCUGAUGAGUACAGUCUAGUCUUUGCAAACUGCAACCCCAAUGUCGAGGUUUCAAUGAAUGUGCACACUGAGAUGUACAAUUUGGAGGGAGAAACCAAGGAUUAUCUUCCUGCUGGUCAGACCCAACUUCCCAAAUUGUAUUUUAUCUUCUUCCUUUCCUAUGUUGCUUUUAUGGGGGUUUGGAUCUAUGUUUGCAUGAAGAAUAAGGUCUCAGUUCAUAGAAUUCAUUUGGUAAUGGGGGCUUUGAUCGCUGUGAAAGCUUUGAAUCUGGUCUGUGCGGCUGAGGAUAAGUAUUAUGUUAAGAGAACUGGAACCCCACAUGGAUGGGAUAUUGUUUUCUAUGCCUUUCAAUUUCUUAGGGGGAUCAUGCUUUUCACAGUAAUUGUUCUUAUAGGAACUGGGUGGUCUUUUUUGAAGCCAUUCCUUCAAGAGAGAGAGAAAAAGGUGCUCAUGAUUGUGAUCCCAUUACAAGUUAUUGCCAAUAUUGCAUCUGUUGUUACUGGAGAAACUGGUCCAUUUAUUAAGGAUUGGGCUACUUGGAACCAGGUGUUCUUGCUCAUUGAUAUUGCGUGUUGUUGUGCUAUUAUUUUCCCUAUCGUUUGGUCGAUUAGGACCCUUAGGGAGGCCUCAAAAACUGAUGGGAAAGCGGCGAGGAACCUCGCGAAAUUGACCCUUUUCAGGCAAUUCUAUAUGGUGGUUGUUGGUUACUUGUAUUUCACUAGAAUUGUGGUUUUUGCACUCAAGACCAUUACAGCUUACAAGUACAAAUGGGUUAGCACUGCUGCCGAGGAGGCUGCGAGCCUUGCUUUCUACAUGUUUGUGUUUUAUAUGUUCAGGCCAGUGGAGAGGAAUCAGUACUUUGUUUUGGAUGAUGAUGAAGAGGAGGCGGCAGCUCAGGCGAUCUUGCAAGAUGCAGAGUUUGAGUUGUAGAGAGAGAGAAAGAGUCCGGGAUUGGAAGCUUAACAUCUUCACCUUGAUCAUGAAUUCUUGAUAGUCUGCUAGGUAUCAAGCAUAUUUUUCUCUUAUGUGCCUUUGAACUUUUCUUGAUUCCGUACUCAGGGUCUUUGUGUGGUACAUUUUGUUCUCCUUUUUUACACUGAUGGAAAUUGAGGUUCUUCUCGUUGGAUUCAGGGAUAUGUUUCCACAAGCAAACUUUAGAUUGUAUUGCUUAGGUUUGUAACAUGCCCCAUGUUACUGGUUGAAAGCACGAGAUUUUCAAGUUUCAUUUUCU